CAGCGACCCUCCUGGGGUUGCCCGGCUGGGCGAGGGCGGACCGCAGCAGCUCCGCUCCGGUUCCGUGAGCAGCCGAGCCCUGUGCGCGGAGCCGCUCCUGGAAGGAAGGAGGCUCGCUGGACGGGGCGCACGCGCCGCGGGUGCCAGUUGUUGCUUGCUGCCGCCAGCCAGCCGUCGAGCGCGCGAGCGAGGGGCGUCCGCGAGCUCCCAGGCUGGCCCCUCCCCGCAGCCGUCCCGCCCCUUCCUGCGCCCGCCGUCACUGGCGCCUGUUUCGCUUUCGUUUCCCGGAGCGCCGCCGCCGCCGCCGCCUUCCUGCCUGCCCCGCGGCGGGCCGGUGAGCUGCUGCCUCUCCCCUUGCAGGAUGGCCGCGGUGGAAGCGCUGGAGGUGCGGGGCGUCCCCCCGGACGUGCCGGACGAGCUGCUGGUGCUCUACUUCGAGAACCGGCGCCGCUCGGGCGGGGGGCCGGUGCAGAGCUGCCGUCGGCGGGGCAGCUGCGCCACCAUCACCUUCGAAGACCCCGAGGAUGCGCAGAGGGCCCUUGCCAGAGGCAGCCACACCCUGCAGGACACCCGCCUGGCUGUCCAGCCAGCUGCCCCUCGGGAUUACGGGAAGGUGGUCCUCCAGGGCCUGAAGCCCCAGAGCAGCCGUGACCUGGUGGAGCUUUAUGUGGAGCGUCUGCUGAAGUGUGACCGGGCGGAGUACACCCUCUACCGCGGUGGGGCCGGAGACCAGGCCCUGGUGCAGCUGCAGCAGCCGCUCAGCCCUGCAGAGUUCCUGGCCUUGGCGGAGCAGGUGCAGAGCCGGGGGCUGGACGGGGCCCGCCUGGCCCUCGACUGGGUGCCGCAGACGGACAGCCUGCUGGUGCAGAGUGGCGGCGGCCGCAGCCUGAGCCCGGACGUGCUGGAGCUGUACUUUGAGAGCAAGCGGAGCGGAGGAGGCCCCGUGCGGGCCGUGCGGCCUCUCCGGGGGGGCCGGGGGGCCGUGGUCUCCUUUCAGGACUCUGCAGUGGUGGAGAGGGUGCUGCUGCAGAAGACCCACCAGCUCCAGGACAGCUGCCUGGAUCUCUCCCCGCACUAUGACUUCCUGGAGCCCCGGGAGGAGGAGGAGGAGGGAGAAAGAGAGCAGGAAGUGGCGGCGGCGGCAGAGGCGGUGCCCCCUCCCCUCUGCGUGCCCCUGCCUGAAGCAGCCGUGCGCCGCCUGCUGGAGUCGGAUCGUGCCCUGCAGGAGCUCCGCGUCUCCCUCCCCGAGUGCACCCUGCAGCUGGCUGGAGACGGCCUGCACGUGCUGGGGGGCGAUCCGGCCGGCCGGCAGCAGCUGCGGGAGCACGUCCAGGCGGCCUUGCGGGGCGUGGGCCUGGAGCGCCUGCCCCUGGCCCCCGGGGCCCUGGGCUUCCUGCGGCGGGCGGACGUCCAGCGCCGCCUGGCCGAGCUGCUGGCCGCGCAGGGGCUGGCGGCCUGCUACCUCCCCGGGGAGGGGGAGGCGCUGGUGGCGGCCCUGAGCCCCCCGGCGGCCCGCCAGGCUGCCUCCCUCCUGGGCGCCGCCCUCUGCCCCAUCUCGGUGCCCCUCUCGGAGCAGCAGCUGCUGGCCCUGGCCUCGCCCGCCUGGGGCCAGCUGCAGGCGGGGCUGAGCUGCUGCCUGGUGUGCCUGGCCGAGAGCGGCCAGCGCCUGGAGGGCCUGACCCUGCGGGGGCUGGAGCAGGAGAGCCUGGCCCGGCUGGAGGCCUUCCUGCGCGACGCCGCCCCUGACGAGAGCCUGGUGCCCAUGGAGCCCGCCGUCCUCCGCUACCUGCAGCUCUACCAGCAGGAGCUGCUGGCCAGCAUCUCCGACGUCACGCUGCUGCCGCUGGAGGGCCCCGACGUCACGGGUUUGCGGGUGAGUGGCGCAGCCCAGGCGUGCCAGGUGGCCGCGGAGCUGCUGCGGAGCCUGGCAGGGGCCCUCCACACGCAGGUGGUUCCUCUGCAGCUGCCUGGCGUCUGCCGCUUCCUGCUGGACGAGCGAGGCCAGGCCAUCCUGCGGGACUUGGAGCGGCUCUUCCGCUGCACUCUGGGCCUGGAGGGGGUCCGCUGGACGCCGCUGGAGGCACAGCACGAGCUGGAAAUGUCGCAGGAGCCCCUUGCUCUGAGCUGCCAGCGCGAUUCGCCACGUAGGUGGGAGCAGCCGAGGCCCUCCUUAGCCAGCGCCGCCAACAUGGAAGAGAUCAAGGGCCUGCUGGCCGCCCUCCAGCCGUCCGGGGUCGCUGCUCCAGGGCCAGCAGCAGCAGCAGCAGCAGAGCCCUGGGUCAUGGGGAACAACGAGGAGGAGGAGGAGGAGGAGGAGGAAGAAGACCUUUACAGGGCGCCUGAGGGCGAGGCAGAGGCAACCCCCAGCCCUGCCAGCGAGGGGGAGGCGGGGGCCGGCUUGUCGGACUCCGAGCCCAUUGAGGAAGGGCCUCUGCCAGGCCUGGAGAGCGGCGCGCGGCAGCAGGAGGAGGAGGAGGCCCAGCUGCUCCUGGCCAUCCAGCAGUCCAUGGACAGCGCGCGGCGCGAGGAGGAGGAGCUGCAGCGAGCCACGGAGCUCUCCUUGCAGUCCUACCAGCGGGAGCGCCAGCAGACGCCCAGCCCAGACUCCGCCCUCCUGUCGGCGCUGAGUGUCUCCCUGGAGGACGCCCUGCGCGUGGCGGACGUGGCUCAGCUUGUGGUCUGCACCGGCUCGGAGGAGGAGGCGGCCCCCCUGGCCCGGGAGCUGGAGGCGGCGCUGCGGGCGCAGCUGCGGGAGGAGACCGUGCGCAACGAGGCCUUGCCCUCGCUGCCUGCCUUCAGCCGCGGCUACCUGGCCCACCUGGAGCAGAAGCAUGCCGUGCGCAUCUCCCUGGCCGGCUCCGUGGCCACGGUCUGUGGCUUUGCCGACUACCCUGUGGCCGCCACCCGCGACCUCGCACUGCUGCUCACCCGGCUCUUGAGGGGGGCCGAGGGGGCCAGGGGCUCGGGGGAUGCCGUCUGGGUCCGCUGGGAGCCUGUGGGUCAGGGCUCCCCCACCCCCUACUCGGCGCAGGCCAGUGCCCUGCUGGAGCAAGCGUGGCGCCAGGGGCACCGGCGCGUGGAUGUCUUCUUCGACGGGCGGCCCUUCACCAUCGACUUCGAGCGCAUGGAGGAGUACGACCUGGGCAAUGCCCGCACCCUGCCCAUUGGCCGCACCGAGCCCUCGGCCACCCCCCUAGCCUCUCCUGACCCCACUGCCCUGGCAGAGGACGAGGUGUCGCUGGUGCCGUUGGCCGAGGGCACGGAGGAGUUCCGGGAGACGGUCCGCCGCUUCUACGACACGCUGGAGGAGUGCCACAGCAAGAUACGCAUCAUCAAGGUGGAGAAGCUGGUGCACCCGCUGCUCUACCAGCAGUACCUGCUGAAGAAGAGUGCCAUGGAGAAGAGCUGUGGGCACCUGGAUGUGGAGCGGGUCCUCUACCACGGCACCACGGAGCAGUCCAGCCACGAGAUCUGCCAGUUUGGCUUCAACCGCAGCUUCUGUGGCAAGAAUGCCACACGCUACGGCCACGGCGUGUACUUUGCGGCCAAGGCCUUCAUCUCCGUGCACGACCAGUACUCCCCGCCCUGCGGUGCGGACGGCAACAAGUACAUCUUUGUCACCCGGACGCUGACUGGGGACUACGUCGCCGGCCGGCAGGACCUGCGCGCGCCACCCCUGCGAGAAGGGGACGCCACCCUGAGGCGGUACGACAGCGUGGUGGACAACAGGCUCAACCCCUCCAUCUUCGUCAUCUUCAACGACACGCAGGCUUACCCCCAGCACCUCAUCACCUGCCGCUGGUCCAAGCCACACUGAGAGGACUUGGGAGGCCAGGCGUCCGGGAAGCCCCUCCCUCUUGGGGAAGGGGCGGGGCUGCCGCUCUGCCCUGGCCCCGCCUCCCCCAGACUCACUGCAGGGCCGGCCUUCUGAUCCAGAGGUCUCCUUUCGCGGGGCGGGGCGGGGGGGGUGACAACACCAGGUGGCCUGAUAGUGACUCUCCUGAGUCGGUCUGGAUGUUCAGAGGACCCCCACAGACGGGCGGGGGGGGCUUGGUUUGGCCACCUCAGGGCCUCUGCUGAGCUGCUUCAGGCAAGAGGGUGCCUAAUGGGGGCGGGGGCAGCUGUUGCUCUCACCUGCUGGGGUCACUGGGAUGGGGGCACUUCUGGGAAGUG